AUGGUUUCUUUCCGCGACAUCGGUCUUCUGCUCCUUGCAGCCCCAAUCGCCAUCGCAGCGCCAAAAGCCCCAGCCGAAGUAACCGUCAAGACCCUCCCCUUCUCCCAACCCGCCUCCACCUCCAAAGCCCCCUCAUCUUCAGCUGACGCCUCACCCGCCUCUGACGUCGCCCAAAGAGCUGCAUGCCAACUUCCCCUCCGCUUCACCAACUUCGCCCUCUACUCCGACACGGGCUGCCAGAAUGUCAUCUACGACCCCUUCAUGCUUACCUGGGACCCGUGCAAGAGCUACCAGUGGACGAACGCGCUGGCGAAUGGUGUUAUCUUCCAGAGCAUGAGAUGGACGGGAGGGAGUAAUGCGCAGGACUUUUAUGCUUGUCAGCAGGGGUUUUCUUGUGGUGAGAAUGUUGCGAGGAUUGUGCAGCAGAGCAAUGUUUGUUCGUCUGGUGGAGGACUGCACUUUGAUAAGCUUGCUGUUAAUCCUUAG